GAGAGAGAAACCGCUACUAAUAAAUAGGAGUAUAAAACAGAAGCCUCCUCGUUAAGCUUCGAAUCCUCUUCCAUUCCCUCCUUCCUCUCCUCUCCUCUCCAAGACCAAGAACCAGCAGGAGCAAGCAAGGAAGGCGCCGAAUUCGAUCGGAGCAGGCAGGACGGGUCCGGGAUCCCGCGCCGCCAUGGAGAAGUACGAGCUGCUCAAGGACAUCGGGUCGGGCAACUUCGGUGUGGCGCGGCUGAUGCGGAACAGGGAGACCAAGGAGCUCGUCGCCAUGAAGUACAUACCGCGUGGCCUCAAGAUUGACGAGAAUGUGGCGAGGGAGAUCAUAAACCACCGCUCGCUGCGGCACCCAAACAUCAUCCGGUUCAAGGAGGUCGUGCUCACGCCUACCCACCUCGCGAUCGUCAUGGAGUACGCCGCCGGCGGCGAGCUGUUCGACCGGAUCUGCAGCGCCGGGAGAUUCAGCGAGGACGAGUCGAGGUAUUUCUUCCAGCAACUAAUUUGCGGCGUCAGCUACUGCCACUUCAUGCAAAUUUGCCACCGGGAUUUGAAGCUGGAGAACACGCUGCUGGAUGGCAGCCCUGCGCCGCGCCUCAAGAUCUGCGACUUUGGCUACUCCAAGUCAUCACUGCUGCACUCAAAGCCGAAGUCGACGGUCGGGACUCCCGCGUACAUCGCUCCGGAGGUGCUCUCUCGCCGGGAGUAUGACGGCAAGAUGGCAGAUGUAUGGUCUUGUGGGGUGACCCUUUAUGUGAUGCUCGUCGGUGCUUACCCUUUUGAGGACCCAGAUGAUCCCAAGAAUUUCAGAAAAACAAUCGGGAGAAUCGUAUCAAUUCAGUACAAAAUACCAGAGUACGUCCAUAUAUCCCAAGAUUGUAGACAACUCCUCUCUCGAAUCUUUGUCGCGAAUCCUGCAAAGAGAAUAACAAUAAGAGAGAUCAGAAACCACCCUUGGUUUAUGAAGAACUUGCCGCGGGAGCUUACAGAAGCGGCGCAAGCGAAGUACUACAAGAAGGACAACAGUGCCCGUACAUUCUCGGAUCAGACCGUCGACGAGAUCAUGAAGAUUGUACAAGAGGCAAAGACACCACCUCCAUCGUCGACUCCAGUGGCCGGUUUCGGUUGGACCGAGGAAGAAGAGCAGGAGGACGGUAAGAAUCCCGACGACGACGAGGGAGACAGGGAUGAGGAGGAGGGCGAGGAAGGCGAUAGCGAGGACGAGUACACCAAGCAGGUGAAGCAAGCCCAUGCCAGCUGUGACUUGCAGAAGAGCUGAUAAGAUGUUGAGUUCAAGCUUUGCUGUUGCCGGCAAGAGGGUGUUUUUGUGCAUGUUUGUACUUUGUGGUAGUUGUGGGGGUGAUGAGAUGUCGCAUCCUUUUCGUUAUUAGUUUGUCUUUGUAGCUUUUAACUUUCUGUUGUUGCCUUGGGUCUUCCUUUUCUUUUAUCCUGUUCUUUUUUUUUAUCUUGUGAUAUGUUAACACCGUAAAUUAUUACUACCAAAUAGGCUCUCCAGUGCCUUUGUAAUGGUUGGAUGGUUAAGAUAGCAAGGUUGUAUAUAGCUUGUGGAAUAAACCUUAUUUCUUGACAAGUGUUUAUUUAGGGAGACAAUAUUUUUUCUUUUCA